UAACACGGAAGUCACUCUCACAAUCAUUCACAGAUCUUAAUUUUAGUAUCUGCGCUUGCUUCACAGGCAUAUCAUUUUUCGCAUCAAGCCCUUCCCCAUGAAUGCAUAUUACCAUGACGAAGAAACCAAUGAGGUGUACAAGGACAAUAUCAACUUGCGCUUGAAGCUUGGUGGGUAUUUACGGUGCCGACUCCCGGUCUUGAACAUUCAAUCUAUUCCCAUGUCUUCCAAACUGUUGGCCAGUGCUUCCUCUCUCGGAGACCUUCAAUUGUUUCUGGAAAUGGCCGACAUCAAACAUGUGUCGGGGCUGCUACUUCCAUCGUCGCUCCAGGAUCUCGGGAAUUACCUGGAAGUAUCGUCAACCCAGAGACUUUUCACACCUUUAACCCCCAUCAAGUGGAGCUGGAACUUGAAUGUGGUGGAAAAUGACGAGGGGGCUGGACUUCCACACCACAUGGCCGAGGCCACCGAUCCCACCACAUCGGACUCCUCGCCCCAGCUGGUGGACUCUUUACCAAUGUGGGAUCCGAUGUACAACAUUAUGGAGGACAUUGACCAAAUGGACAGUAUCGUCGACAUUGACAGCAUCACCCCAGAGAACUGCAUGACGCCUGAUAUGGCAUGUAAGUGGCUGAAAGAGCUGGACAUUGGUUUUCUGUAUAUUGUGGACUACUUGGCUAAAAACAAUUGUGCUGACCCUGAACAAGGACGGCUGACCGAUGUAGCAGACGAUUGCGACAAAUACGACGACGAUUACCGCGGUGCAGACAUCGAACCCGCCCCUGUGGGUGCAAAGCGCACCGCGGCAGAGGAGGCUGCUCUCCGCACGUCGGUGGCUUACAACUACCGCACCGUUACCGAGACCCUUGAAAAGUUAUAUAAACAUUGCAUCUAUAUCCGUGAGGUGUUGUUGUGCUCCCACUGCCCGAAAAAAUUUGAAACUGUACAUGAGCUUGCUCUUCACUGUCAAGAGUUCAAUCUCUACAAGGGAUUCAAAUACAAGUGCCCAUUGGCGACAUGUCCAUUUAAGCUCAUUGGAUUUAACAAGAAGUUGGACCUCCGCCGGCAUGUCACCGCCAAGCACAUCGACCGUAAGACGUUUGAGGUGCUCACCGAUGAUACAUAUGAAGAGAAGUUUGUGCGGCUGUUGGUGUACUUCUGCCACUGCCAAAGAGUCUUUUAUCGAAGAGACAGUUUACAGCGACAUCAGCGGCUCAUCCACCGUAACUCAUGAUGGCCGCAAUUCAUAUACUGCGAGGACCAUUGCGCUCGGCUCAUGCCGUACGAAUAUGGCAUUAGCUAGGUCAUAAUACACCAAUCAUAUAUUUGUAAC